CCUGAUGGUUUUUUCAUUGAUCUUCUGAUUGCCAAAAUAUUCUCAGAAAAACAACCCACUAGAAUAUCUGAAUUUAUGUGUUGAUAUUUGUAAACACGGUUCUCUUUUAUUAUGGUGGAAAAGACAAAUUUACAUUCAUCCACUCCAACUAUCGUGUUAAACCACUUCGCUGUUCAAGAGAAUGGCACAUAGAACUAGGGAUUUGGCAUUCUAAGAGAGCUUUUAUAUAUUUGUCAUGAAAUGAACGCCUGCAAAUUAAAUUGAAUUCAAAAUUAUAUUUUUGCGAGUUCCAUAGAUAUGGUUGUAAACAUUAACAUUUAAAAGUAAACUUUUUGUCUGCCAUUAAAUUUUCAUCUGACACGUAUACACUUUGUGAUGUAAAUAGAGCAUUUUGAAAAGUGUCUUUGACAGGUUUGGUGGCGCACACCUUUAAUCCCACCACAGGGGAGGCAGAGGCAGGUGGACCUCAGUGUGUUAGAGGUCAGCCUGGUCUACCUAACAAGUUCCAGGAGAGCCAGAGCUUCAUGGUGAGACCCUGUCUCAAAAAAAGAAAGAAAAGAAAAGAAAACAGCAAUGUGUAUGUAUUUUUGUGCUGAUUUGUUAAUGUGCAACUUAGAGCCUGGGAAAGCACAGUAUACUUUCUUGCCUAUUAGGUCACAGUAUUUUCACAGUUAGAAAAGUCGUUAUAAGCCACAUGGUGGUGAUGGCACACUCCUUUAAUCCCAGCAUUUGGGAGGCAGAGGCAGGUGGAUCUGGGAGUUCCUUGCCAGCCUGGCCUACGGAGCAAGUUUAAGGAGAGCUGGAUCUACACAGUGAAACUCUGUCUCAGGGAGAAAAAAAAAAAGUAAAAAGAAAUGGAAAGGUAUUAUAGUAUAGGAUAAUGUUAGAAAGCAGCUUUUGAAUAAUUACAAUAACUUAUCUACAUAAGAAAAAAUGUCUAGAGGAAUCUUUUCUCUCCUUGGUUAAAGAAAAGCACUCUGUCCACGGACACAUGACCAAACUGUUAUUUUUGGUUCUUGUGUUUGCUGUGUUUGAGUCCUGAAUUCAUUGUGUUGCUCUCUCUGGAUCAAAACUCUCUUUGUAGUCCAGGCUGGACUCAAACUUACCCCGUUCCACGCACAUCUGUCUCCCCAGUGUUCAAACUGUACUGUUUCAUUUUGUGGUCUGUUGACAGGCAGUGGUGUGACUGUGGACUUCUCCCAGGAGGAGGGGCAAUGCCUCGACCCUGCCCUGAGGGCUUUGUACAGAGACUGGAUGUUACAGAAUUAGAGCAGUCUGGUUUCUGUGGGGCUCACUGAUCACCCAGACCUGCUCACCUGUGCUGCAGAACAAAGUGGCCUGGGAGGAGAGAGGAGACAGGAGCUAAGGAUCCAGGGCAGCAAGUCAUCUAUUCAUUGUUCCUGAAAGAAAAACUCAAAGAAGAGAAACAGAAAGAAAUGGCUGAUUCUCCAGUAAGCAUGUCCCAGGGUCUGUUGACAUUCAGGGAUGUGACUGUGGACUUCCCCCAGGAAGAGUGGGAAUGCCUGGACUCUGCUCAGAGGGCUUUGUACAUUGAUGUGAUGUUGGAGAAUUACAGCAACCUGGUCUCUGUAGAGAACUAUUGCAAAUGUGACCCUAUCCAUCCACAUGUGAAGGCUGAAAAGGAGUCUUGUCAGUGUUAUGAGCUUGGCAAAAUGGUUCAUCAGUCCUCCAAAUGUGCACUUUAUGGAACAAGUGAAACUACAGAAAACUCUAAUAACUACACAUGCAGUAACCACAGGGAUGCCUGUGUUGACUCAUCAAACCGAGACAGACAUGAAAGCAUGCACACUGGAGAUGACCCUUGCAAAUCUAAAGACUGUGAGAAAUCUUUAAGUUUGUGUUCCAACCUUACUCAAGAUCAGAGACUCUACACUGCAAAGAAGGAGCACAGGCAGGGAGAAUAUGAUGACUGUUUUGCCUCUGCAUAUAGUCUUUUGCAACAACCAAUCUACAUUGGAGAGAAACCAUACCAGUGUGGUAAAUGCAGGAAAUGUUUCAGUACCACAUCACGCCUCAUUGUACAUCAGAGAAUUCAUACUGGAAAGAAACCCUACAAGUGCAACCUAUGUGGCAAAUCCUAUAACCAGUGUGCAAAUCUUAGAAUACAUCAAAGACUUCAUACUGGGGAGAAACCUUACAAAUGCAAAGAUUGUGGGAAGUCAUUUCGACAGUCCUCAGCUCUUAAAAGCCAUCAGAAAAUACAUACUGGAGAGAAGCCUUACAAAUGUAAGGAAUGUAACAAAUCCUUUGCCCACUGUUCCAGUUUCAGGACACAUCAGAAAAUCCAUACUGCUGAGGAACAUUGUAGUUGCCAAGAAUGUGGCAAGGUCUUUCAUCAGCUUUCACACUUUAGAAGACAUUAUAGACUCCAUAGUGGAGAGAAGCCUUACAAAUGCAAUGAGUGUGACAGAUCCUUUACGCACUACUCAUCACUUAGAUGGCAUCAGAAAACUCAUUCUCUAGAAACUUUUUACAAAUGCAAAGAAUGUGGUAAGCCCUUCCUUGAAUUAUCACAUCUUAAAAGGCAUUACAGAAUUCAUACUGGUGAGAAGCCUUACAAAUGUGAGGUAUGUGACAAAUCCUUUACUGUGAACUCAACUCUUAAAACACAUCAGAAAAUUCACACUGGGGAGAAACCUUACAAAUGUGUGCAAUGUGACAAAUCCUUCACCAAGUGCUCACAUCUUAGAAGACAUCAGAGUGUUCAUACUGGAGAGAAACCUUACAAAUGUAAGGAAUGUGACAAAUCUUUUCCUGAGUGCUCAACUCUUAGAGAACAUCAGAAAAUUCAUACUGGAGAGAAACCUUAUAAAUGUGGAGAAUGUGACAAAUCCUUCAUCCAGCAAUCAAAUCUUAGAACACAUCAUAGAAUUCAUACUGGAGAGAGACCUUAUAUAUGUAAGGAAUGUGGCAAAUCUUUAACUACACGCUCAACACUUAGAGCACAUCAGAAAAUUCAUACUGGAGAGAAACUUUACAAAUGUAUGGAAUGUGACAAGUCCUUUACCCAUAACUCACAUCUGAGAACACAUCAGAGAAUUCAUACUGGAGAGAGACCUUACACUUGUCAGGAAUGUGACAAAUCUUUUACUACAUCCUCAUAUCUUAGAGCACAUCAGAAAAUUCAUACUGGAGAGAAACUCUACAAAUGCAAAGACUGUGACAUGUCCUUUCUCCGGAUUUCUAGUCUUAAAAUACAUCAGAAAAUUCAUACUGGAGAGAAACCUUACAAAUGCAAAGACUGUGACAAAUCCUUUAAUCAGGUUUCAAAUCUUAGAAGACAUCAGAAACUUCAUACUGGAGAGAGACCUUACAAAUGUCUGCAAUGUGACAAAUCCUUUACCCACAAGUCAAAUCUUAGAACACAUCAGAGAGUUCACACUGGAGAGAGACCUUACAGUUGUAAGGAAUGUGACAAAUCUUUUACAAGGUGCUCCUAUCUCAGAGCACAUCAGAAAAUUCAUACUGGAGAGAAACUUCACAAAUGCAAAGACUGUGACAUGUCCUAUAUCCACCUUUCAAAUCUUAGAAGACAUCAGAGAGUUCACACUCGAGAGAAAAAUAACAUUGUAAAUAAUAUGACAUAGCAUUUUUUUGGUAUUCUCUGCUUAUAAAUUCCAACAGUAUACAUAAUGGAAGCAUAAACUUGUGAAAGCCCUUAAUGAAGUUUUAAAUCUUAGAAAAUAUCACAGAAUUUAUAUUAAAUUAAAAUCUGCAAUAGUA